AUGCUUCAAGCUCAGGUCUUCUUAUGGGCAUAUAUAUUGUUAUUUUUCCCUACAAGUAUUGUAGCGCAAGGCCUUGGUGUCAACUGGGGUGUCAUAGCAUCACAUCCUUUAGACCCUAAGAUUGUCGUUAAUAUAUUAAAAGAUAAUGGCAUAAAAAAGGUUAAGCUUUUCCAUGCUGAGCAUGACAUUCUAACUGCCCUGUCUGGAACCGAUAUUGAGGUCAUGGUGGGGAUCCCCAAUCAUUCUUUGGAAAGUCUUUCUGAGAAAUAUAGUGUAGCACAAGCUUGGGUGAAAGCAAAUAUCACUGCAUAUAUGGGUAAAAAAGGUGUCAACUUCAAAUACGUGGCCGUAGGAAAUGAACCAUUUUUGGCAGCCUACAAUGGUACGUACAAUAACAUUACACUCCCAGCUAUGAAAAACAUAUUGAAAGCACUAAAUGAAGCGUGUGUUGGAAAAGAUAUCAAAGUAUCAACACCGCUCAAUGGUGAUGUUUACAUCACACCUACUUACAAACCAUCGGAUGGAAUAUUUCGACAUGACUUGGCGGAUAUCAUGAAUGGAAUAUGUGAAUUUCUCCAUAAAAAUAAUGCUGCUUUUAUCGUCAAUAUCUAUCCUUUCCUAAAUCUUUACCAAAAUCCUGGAUUCCCUGAAACUUAUGCCUUUUUUGAUAACGAUGACUCAAACUCCAUGGAUGAUCACGGUGUUAAAUAUCGUAGUGUUUUAGAUGCUAAUAUUGACACUCUGGUCGCAGCACUUAAAGUAUCUAAUUUCUCGGAUAUACCAAUCAUCGUGGGGGAAGUUGGAUGGCCAACUGAUGGUAAUAUUUACGCCACAACAAAAAAUGCUAAAAAAUUUUAUAAUGGGUUGCUAAAGAGAAUUGUAAAAAAUGAAGGAACUCCACUUCGCGCGAAGCAAUAUCCUGAUGUGUAUAUGUUCUCUUUGUUGGAUGAAGAUCUUAAGAGUAUUGAUCCAGGAAUGUUUGAGAGGCAUUGGGGAAUUUUCAGCUUUGACGGACAACCUAAGUUUCCAAUGGACUUGUCAGGGAAAGGACAGAACAAGCCGCUUGUUGGUGGAAAAAAUGUCACAUACAUGGAAAAGAAGUGGUGUGUGUAUAACAAAGACGCUUCUAACCAAAAGGAUUUGCCUGUAAAGGUUGCAUGGGCUUGCAAUAAUACUGAUUGCACAACCUUGGUACCUGGAGCUUCAUGUUCCGGUAUGGGUAUUGACUUGAAUGCCUCGGUUGCCUUCAACAUGUACUACCAAAUGGCAAAUCAAACUAAAGGUGCAUGUGAUUUUGAAGGUUUAGCCAAAAUUGUCAAGCGAGAUCCAUCUAAUGGGACAUGUCGAUUCCCAAUUAUGAUUAAAACUAUCCAAACUACAUCCAAUUCUAGUGCGUCUGCUCCUAAAUCAUCAAGGUCUUCCACCUUUAGCUCUUCAACAUCUCAUUCUCCCUUUGAAACUCAGUCUCCUUCUCCCUCUUCUUCUCCCUUUCAUUCUCCCCUACUUAUCUUUCAAAUUUUUGUGGGUAUUUUCACUAUUUGGUUUGUGUAG